AUGUCUGCUUCCGCGUCGACCGCGUUCGCGAAGUACGACGCCGCCUCCGACGCCGCGCGCGCGGCGUCGUCCGCGUCCCCGAGCGCGUCGGCGUCGUCGACCGGCGGCAGCCGCGUCCUCGCGAACGCGACCGUCUUGCUGAGCGACGCGUACAAGCGAUGCAACCCGAGCUUCGGAUACACCCCCGCGAUCAACCCUCGACGGCAGCUCACGAAACCGUCCAAGCCGUGCGGGAACGACGGCCACGACAACGAGAACCAGGACCUGAUCAUAAGCGUGAACGACGUCCUCGCCGCGGACGACGGGUCGAGCCCCGCGUUCGUCGUGACCGACGUCCUGGGGAGCGGAACGUUCGGGCAAGUGGUUCGAUGCCGCGAGAAGGGCGGCGCCGGCGUCUCCGCGGCUGUCAAGGUGAUCAAGAACCAUCCCGCGUACUUCCACCAGGCGCACGUGGAGAUUGGGAUCCUGCACAUGCUGAACCAGGAGUGCGACCAGAGGGACGAGAACCACAUCGUGCGGAUGCUGUCGCACUUCGUGCACCGCUCGCACCUCUGCAUCGUCUUCGAGGUGCUAAACAUCAACCUGUACGAGUUGCUGCGCCAGAACAAGUUCAAAGGGCUCGCGAUCGGGCUCGUGAGGGUGUUCGUGUCGCAGCUCCUCGACGCGCUGCGGGUUUUACGGCUCGCGAACGUCAUACACUGCGACUUAAAGCCGGAGAACAUCCUGAUCAAGAACAUCGAGACCGCGGAGAUCAAGCUCAUCGAUUUCGGCAGCGCGUGCUUCCAGAACCGCACGGUGUACCAAUACAUCCAGUCGCGGUUUUACCGCUCCCCGGAGGUCGUCCUGGGGUCGCCGUACGGGAUGCCGAUCGACGUGUGGAGCCUGGGCUGCGUCGCCGCGGAGCUCUUCCUCGGGCUGCCGCUGUUCCCGGGCGCGAGCGAGUAUAACCUUCUGACGCGGAUGUGCGAGACGUUGGGCCCGCCGCCGUCGUCGAUGCUCGCGUCGGCGGCCAACGCGCACAAGUUUUUCAAGAAGAACGAGUCGACGGGAGGAGGCGCGACCGCGACGGGGGGGCUCUCCGCGGCGAUCGGCGGCGGCGGCGGCGAUUCGUACGAGUUGUACACCUUGGACGAGUACGAGCAAAAGUCCGGGAAGAAGGUGGCGAUGGGGAAGCGCUACUUCAAGCACACGCUCUUGAACGACGUCGUCCACGGCGCGCGGAUGUCCUCGAGCGCGUCCGAGGAGGCGCAGAUGAAAGAGCGCGCGGACCGCGCGUCGCUGCUCGAUUUACUUCACGGGCUGCUCGACCUCGACCCGAAGACGCGGUGGACGCCGGACCAGGCGAAGGCGCACCCGUUCGUCAGAGACGCGCCGUUCGCGGGGCCCGGGAGUUUCGUCCCGCCGCCGCCGGAGGAGGUUUGCGUCGCGAAGGAGGUCCAGGCCGCGCGCGAGCAGGCGGCGGCGAGGGCGGCGGCGUCCGUGACGAAGCGGGGACCCGCCGCCGCCGCGACAGCGGCGGCGGCGGCGGAGCCGGAGCCGGAGCCGGAGCCGGCGGCGGAGGAGCCGCGGACGCCGGAGCGCGCGACGGCGGCGCCGGCGGCGACGAGCGGCGGGCUCGCCGCCGCGCUCGCCGCGUCGUCCUCCGGGUCGGACCCCGCGGCGGCGCAGAUUCAAGCGCAGAUCCAAGCGCAGGCGGCGUUUUUGCAGCAGCAGCAGCAGCAGCAAGCGGCGGCGAUGGCGGCGCAGCAGGCCGCGUCGUUCUCCGCGGGGUCGUUCACCGGAACCCCCGUCAGUACGGCGUGUCACCGCACGCGAUGA